ACGGCUCCGAAGGUAGCCCCGUCCCACACAAUGUGGCAUCCAGCCCGUUCGGCCCUCCGUAUCCACCGCGGUGGCCGAUCUGUACGGCUCCCCCCUGAGCAGAGAAGACGCGUAUGGUGCCCAGGGCAGAAAAAUGAACAUGUACAAGAACCACAAGUGAAAGUGAGCAAGCGCCUCCGCGAGCCGUUGGGUGAAGAUGAACGUGCAGAGCCGUGUGCAAAGCAUGUAAAACAGAACCCAGAGCCGGUGCCUUCAGUCAGCAAAGACACAUUCUCUUACAUGGGAGAAUUCGUCGUCGUCUACACUGAUGGCUGCUGCUCCAGUAAUGGGCGGAGGAGGGCACGCGCAGGAAUUGGUGUUUACUGGGGGCCAGGCCAUCCUUUAAACGUAGGCAUUAGACUCCGUGGGCGACAGACCAACCAAAGAGCAGAGAUCCACGCAGCCUGCAAAGCCAUCGAACAAGCGAAGACUCAAAACAUCACCAAGCUGGUUCUGUACACAGACAGUAUGUUCACUAUAAAUGGUAUCACCAGUUGGGUUCAAGGCUGGAAGGAAAAGGGGUGGAGAACAAGCACAGGGAAAGAGGUGAUCAACAAAGAGGACUUCAUGGAGCUGGAGAGACUCGCCCAGGGCAUGGACAUUCAGUGGAUGCAUGUUCCUGGUCAUUCGGGAUUCAUGGGCAAUGAGGAGGCCGACAGGCUGGCGAGAGAAGGAGCUAAACAAUCAGAAGACUAAACAACGUGGUUUUAAACCUUGAAAAACUUGACCCAGUGGCUGUUUUCUUACCUCUACUUACUGGUGUGCGAAGCAAAACUACAGGAUGGAUCACUGCCGUAGACAGGCAGACACAGCUUCCAUGGGAAAUGACUAAGGAAGGUGGUGUUCUGUGGUGCCGAGCAGUGACAAGUGGAAUGUAUGAUUGUAUAAUAAAUUGAACUUCCUUUGAAAUUUGA